AUGUGUCAAUGUCCCCAGCCUAGAAACCCCAACGCUGGACGAAGAAUCACAGGAAGACGAGGAUCCGGUCUGCAGAGUUCUAGCCCCCAAGGGAACGUGUCCACUUGUCCUGACCCUUCACCGCAGGAAGCUCUCGUUCGCGCCAACCCCCCCAGCUUACAGAUCGACUAUGACAUCUUAUUGUCCCCCACAUAUCAGGUCCCCGUCUUGUACUUCGGCCUCAGGUGGGACAACGGCCCACUCGGACUAGACCAAGUCUACCAGUAUAUCGUGCCGGAACAAUACAGGCAAGAAUUGAAGAGUGUGGGUGUAAUGGGUGGGAUUAGUAUGGGUUACCAUCCUGACUCUGGCGCCCCGGCCUUUUUUAUUCACCCAUGCAACACCGCGGAUGCCAUGGCGAAUAUUGCAGACGCACAGAGCGUCACCCCGGGGUCAUAUCUCCUCAUCUGGCUCGGCCUUGUAGGUCAUUGCGUGAACCUGCACGUCCCACGCGAGCUUUUUGCUUAG